AGCGGUCUGUUCAUACCGGUCUUUAACCACCUCCUGCCCGCCAUUGAUCAUCAGGGCACUGAUGAUCAGUGUGCCCUGAUGAUCUGUGUAGUCCCAGCAGUGCCACCUGUCAGUGUCCAUCAGUGCCAGCUGUCAGUGCUCAUCCAUGCCACCUGCCUGCCACAUCAGUGCCACAUCAAUGCCACAUUUCAGUACCUACCAGUGCACAUCAAUGCCACAUAUCAGUGCCCAUCUGAGCUGCCUUUCAGUGUCACCCAUCAGUGCCAGUCAGUGCCACCUAGUUAAUGCCACCUAUCAGUGCCAGUCAGUGCCACCUAACAGUGCAACCUAUCAGUGCCAUAUAUGAGUGCUGCCUUUCAGUGCCCAUCAGUGAUGCCUGUCAAUGCCCAUCAGUGCCCUAUCAGUGCCACCUAUCAGUG